UAGAACCAUUCUGUCGUUCUGGCAACACUGGCUGCGUUUUUAUUUUUUUUUGUAAAAAGUGUUUUGCCGUUUUGUUGUUAUUCCUAAUUUACGAUGAUUGCAACGAAAAAUUGUUAAUUAAAUGUGCGCUCCCCGCACCUGGGAUGUAAACACAGCGGUAACCCUAUUGAAUGGCCGGCGAAACGAAUGCGAAUCGGGUGCUCCGAUGUAGCACCCGUCCCCCACCACUGCGGGCGUCCUCAUCCCCCCCCACCUUCUCCACCGCCAGGGCGGUGUUCCUUUCGGGGCUCUCGCUGCUAAUGCUCCUCCUGGCGGGCGUCCACUGGACCGACGGAGCCGAGGGCGUGGCGUGUCCCCGAAAGUGCACCUGCCGGAAUAUAUCGGAGAACAUUCACAGCCUGCGAGUGCGCUGCGAUGAGCAGCAGCUGGCCACCUGGCGGGAGCUGGACUUUGGCGAGGACGUCCAUGGAAUAGUCAGCAUAAAUGUCAGCAAGAAUGCCAUAUCCCUGAUAACCUCGGAUGACUUUCGCAACUUUACGGAGCUGAAGCGACUGGAUCUCUCCUUUAAUCAACUGACGGAACUGGACAAGGACACCUUCGGGGACAGCCUGGGGCAUGUGGAGAAGCUGAAGCUGGCGGGGAACGCCAUCAGUCACAUCUACGAGGGCACCUUCGACCAAAUGCCCAAACUGAAGCAACUGGAUCUGUCGGGGAAUCCACUGGCCUGCGACUGCGGCCUCAUCUGGCUGAUAGCCUGGUCCAGUGCCCGCGACGUGCGCCUCCAGCCGCCUCCCAAGUGCGACUCGCCCGUCCACUUUCGCGGCAUGCCGCUGAAGAAGCUGCGGGUGGGCAUCGAUUUCCACUGCGAGACGCUGCUGCAACCGAUCCUCAAGCUGAUGCCCAGCCAGAACCAGGUGGCCUUCGAGGGCGACGAACUGCAGCUGAAGUGCCACGCGCCCCGGGUGGCCAUCGGCGUGCCCAGGGAGAGCGAGGAUCUGCCGACGCGGGCCUUCGUCUUCUGGGGCUGGUCGGAGAAGAUUCGCGGCAAGAACUCCACCGAGGACAUCGUGUACAAGGACCCCACGAAGGUCUUCGGGGAUGUGUCCCUGGAGACGCGGCACUCCACGGACUCGGGCAUCCUCCAGUCGAUCCUCAAGAUAAGCAGCCUGACCCAGAAUCACACCGGGAUGUGGGACUGCACGCUGCGCAGCCAGCAGGCUAAUCUCUCGCAGGCCAUCGUCAUCCAUGUGGUGGCCAAGGGGACGCUCUACUGCGACGCCAAGGUGGUGCAGACCAACAAGGGUGUCUACCACUGGCCGAGGACGAUGCGCGGCGAGACGGUGGUCCAGGACUGUGUCGAGGAGCCCAGCGAUGCCAGCCAAUCGCGGCGCGCCUCCCACGAGUGCGGCCCCUCCGGCGAGUGGCUGAAUCUCGACACGGAGAGCUGUGUCUACGUCAGCGAGACGACCAGGAUUCUGGAGCAGUUCGCGAAGGUCAACCUGACGCUGACCAAGGGCCAGAACGCGCUGGAAAUAGCCCGGCGGCUGCACAACUUCACCCAGGCCCAGACGCAGCUGAACCGGAUCCGGGACCCCAUGGACCUGGAGUACAUAGCCCGGACGCUGGUCAAGUACCUGGACCAGCUGCCGGAGCAGGCGCAGCAGCAGCAGCAGGAGAUCAGCCACCUGCUCAUGGACAUUGUGUCCCAGCUGCUGAAUCUACCAGUGCACCUGUUCCGCGCCGCCCAGAAGGAUCAGGGCACGGGCCAGCGACUGCUGCACGUGGUGGAGUCGUCGGCCAUGCGCCUGGCCCUGGCCAGCACCCAGGCGAGUGGCCAGGGCCUGGAGAUGCUGCCGUGGCGGGCCUCGCCCGCCCAACAGCGGAACCUCUUCGUGGAGUUCUUCAACAUCAGCCUGGAGGCGUUCGUCAGCCUGUCGUGCGUCUGGCUGGAGGAGAGCCCGCGGGGCUUCCAGUGCAACAAUGCCAACGACACGAUCCCCAUGUACGAGCACGGCGACAUCGACGCCGCCGUCCAGCUGCCCUACAGCGUGCUCGGCAACAGCUCCACCACCGCCGGGGGAUCGGGCAGUCCCCGCAGCCUCCGGCUGAUGAUCUCCCUGCACCGGAACGGCAAGCUGCUGCCCAACCUGAAGGGCCAGGAGUGGAACGAGUCCCUCAGCUCGGCCGUCAUCGGGGUGCUGGCCUACAACGGCGAGGGGGAGCAGCAGCACUUCCAGACCGACAGUGACCUGGAUCCCGAGGAGGAUGUCUACCAGCAGCGGGUGACGGUGAUGCUGCGCGCCCAUCCCUACCACGACGCGCUCAGUGCCCCGCAGCCGGCGUGGUGGGACGCCCAGGAGCAGCGCUGGGAGACGCGCGUGUGCCAGCAGCACUACCAGCACCGCACCCUGGUCAUGUUCAGCUGCACCCGGACGGGGUACUUUGGCCUGCUGCAGCGGACCCGGUAUCUGAACGACUUCCGGAGCGAGGAGGCGGGCGCCCGGUUCCGGCACCCGCCCACCGCCGUCUACGCCGGCUGCGGCCUGCUCUUCGCCUGCUGCGCCUUCAACUGCGUCACCUUUGCGGUGUUCGGGCGGGCGGUGAGGAUCAACCGCGUCCAGCGGCACGCCCUGGUGAACACCUGGCUGGCGCUGGGCGGUCUGGCGCUGGCCUUCUCCCUGGGCAUCUACCAGACGGCCAGCCAGCCGCAGUGCCGGGUGAUGGGCCUGCUGAUGCACUACCUCGGCCUGUGCGUCCUCCUGUGGGUGUGCGUCAGCCUCAGCAGCAUGUACAAGCGCCUGACCAAGGGCACCACCUCCUCCUCCUCCGCCGGCCAUGGACAGCAGCAGCAUCCGCAGGAGCUGGCGGACUCGGGCGGCCGGGAGCGUAAGCCCAUCCUGGGCAUCUACCUGGUGGGCUGGGGCAUCGCGCUGCUCAUCUGCGGAAUCAGCAGCGCCGUGAACCUGGCCGAGUACGCGGCCUACGACUUCUGCUUCCUGCACAGCUCCACCACGCUGAACGCCCUGCUGGUGCCGGCGGGGAUCCUGGUCAUAUUCUGCGGCAUCCUGGCCCUGUGCAUCUACUACCAGCUGAGCCAGCAGGCGGUGAACGUCCUCCAGCUGCACGGCCAGACCGGGCCCAACCAGCACCGCAACCAGUACUCGGACAACAACACCCAGGCCACGGAGCACAUCGACCUGGACUGGCUGGACGCGAACGGCUCGGCGGUGGGCGGGGCGCAGGGGCGCAAGCAGGAGCAGGACCACCUCCAGGAGCAGUACAGCACCCUGAGCAACCCCCUCAGCAGCAUCGUGGACGACUUCGAGCGCUCCAACCUCUCCCACCUGCGGGGCCACUUCAUCUUCCUGGUCCUGUACGCCGGCGCCUGGCUGACCGCCGCCGGGUACGUCCACUCCGGCCAGGAUCUGUACGUGAUGGGCUUCGCCGGCUGCUCCGGCUGCCUGGGCCUCUUCCUCCUCGUCUUCUACAACCUGAGCCGGAACGACGCGCGGCAGGCGUGGACGCAGGGCGGCGACUCGGCCCUGAUGCGCGGCCGCCCCGCCAAGCUGGUGACCUACAACAACCAGACGCGCAGCUGCCUGCCCGGCGGAAUGGCGGGAGCCGGCUCGGGGGGCAUCCCCACCGCCGCCGGCACGGCCAUGAUCAGCAACUCCAUAGUGGCGUACAAGGCGGGCGGGAAUCCCGGCGGGGGCAGUCUCUACGAGGCGAACAACUCGGCCGGGUCGCGGUCCAACAGCCAGUGCUCGCGGAGCAUGCGGAGCCAGACCCGGAGCCAGCAGUCGCGGAGCCAGCAGGAGCAGGCGCCCCAGCUGGGGGCCAGUGGGGUGACCACCAUCAUCAACAACACCAGCAACGCGGGCGGAGUGUCGGGAUCGGGCGGGGUGCCGCCGCACAGCCUGAACGCCCUGCUCCAUGGCUCCAGCCACGACCUGAUACCCUCGGCGGAGAUCUUCUACAAUCCCAACCAGAUCAACGUGGCCCGGAAGUUCUUCAAGAAGCAGAAGCGCCUGGCCAAGCGGAACAACUUCGAGCUGCAGCGCCAGACCCUGCCCCAGAUGCAGCUCCAGAUGCAGAUGCAGAUGCAGCUCCACGGCGGGCACAGCAGCCUCAGCGACGCCAGCUCCGAGCAGCUGUACAGCCGCCACCACAACGCCAUGACGCUCCUCGCCGGCGGCAGCAAGGUGAACAACACGAACCUGCACUACAAGAACCAGGGCGGCGGCCAGCUGGAGCACCCCGGCGGGGACUCGCUCCAGUUCAAGCGCUUCAUCCCGGCCAGCUCCUCGCCGGCGGCCGCCAAGAUCAUGCAGGCCAACAUCUACACGAACAUACCGGAGACCCUGACGCCGCAGCACGAGGUGAUCAAGCUGCGGGGCAACCGGACGCCCUCGCUGCUGGACGAGACCCUGCACGAGCAGGAGGACGACGAGGAGGAGGAGGACGAACCGGGCCCGCUGCAGGAGCAGGCCAAUCCCCACGGCUUGGAGGAGGAGGAGGAGGAGGCCGAACUGGAGGAGGACGCCAGCUCUCUGGACGAGAAUGCCCCCUUGUAUGCCAACACUCUGCCGGCGACGGCCUCAUCCCACAGUGGGAUGAACAACCUGUUCCGGCCGCGGAACGGCCACAUCCUCAGCUCCACGCCCGUGAAGCAGCCCAGCCUGGAGGCGAUGAACAGCUGCGGCCUGCCGGAGAUCAGCACCCAGCUGGAGGAGCCGCUGCUGCAGAAGCACGAGAUCUACGUCUCCAACUCGCUGCAGGUGACCACCAGCAACAGCAUCCAGCUGGACGAGGACUUCCCCAGCGUCCUCAUCCGCUUCAGCCAGCAGCAACAGUCCAAGUCCCUCAACAACAUUAGCGAGAUGCUGGGCGGUGGCGGUGGUGGCGGGGGCGGGUGCGGUAGUUCCGGGGCGGUGGCCGUCGAGCCGGACGGCGAGGAGAUCGCCGACCUGGACCGCAGCACCCUCGAGGGCCAGCAGGUCUACUCCUGCUCCAGCAGUAAUCUCUGCCAGCUGAAGGAUCGCGCCGAGCGGAGCCUGCUGCGUGGCCCCGGCGCCGAGGCGGAGGACGAGGGACGCCUCCUCUCCGGGAGCCCCACCAACGAGAGCGAUCUCAACUACCAGAACUCGGAGAUCAGCAUCCGGAGCCACGGCCUGUACGCCCCCCAGGCGGACAACGACCUGAAUCUCACCCUGACGGACGACUUCCGGUGCUACCAGUCCUCCAACGCCAGCGACGCCGACGUGGACGUCCUCAACGAGUUCGACGACGACGAGCGGGUGGCGCCCGGCAGCGAGCGGGACGAUCAUCCGGAGCACGACCAGCACGAGGACACCUCCAUUGAUGAGCUGUACGAGGCGAUCAAGUGCCGGAGUCCGUUGAGGAGCAAGCAGGAGGUCACCGAGCGGUACGAGAGGGAGCGCCGGGAACGAGAAAGAGAAAGGGAGAGGGAGCGGGAGCUAGAGCGAGAACGAGAGCGAGAUAGAGAGAGAGUAAGAGAGCGAGAAGUGACCCUGGAGAAGGAGAAGCUUCCACUGGGCAGCUCCCACAACGAAAAUCUCAACGAGACGAUGGAGGACGACAGCAGCCAGAGCAGCGUGAUCUCGUACAUCGAUCCCCGGGCGGCACCCAGCUAGUAACCAAGCCCCGAUCCCCGCCAGAAAGUGUAUAUGAGGAGAUGAUAUACAACCCACCCACCUGAUCACCUGAUCCUUAGAUCCCUAACCUAAGAACUUGUAAUUAAGAGAUCCUCCUUCAGAACUGGACAACAGCCACUCCCACUCCUGCCAUCGAUUAUUUAUUACGCAACUAGUAUUACUCCCAUACCAUUAUCCAUCACUAUCCACACCCGCCAGGUGGAGCAUCCACACCCGCCAGGUGGAGCAUCCCCACCCGCCAGGUGGAGCAUCCACACCCGCCAGGUGGAGCAUCCAUCACCCGAGUUUUAACCCUUGACCUUUGCUAAGGCGACAUGCAUUUAAAACCUAGACUAAGCCUACGAUUAGCGACAAAAUAAAUCAAGUGUUUAACUAUA